CAAGAUAUCGAAAAAUCAAUAAUUGAUAUAUUGAGAGCAGGAAACUUUUAUAACAAGAAUAGAAAUAAAGGAUUCAUAGAUUAUUAUAAAAAGCAACUUGAUGAAUUGCAUAAAUCAGAAGAUCAAAAGCAAUAUAUUAUAAUCAAAGCCAGAUUGCUUAUUCCCAAUAAAGAGAUAUAUAAUACAAAAAUAAAG